UCCACGCGCCCUUUCUGCUGGACGCCCGUGACCCUUGGAACCCAGGGAAGCAGCCCCAGUCCCCGCUGCCAGAGGCUCCCCAGGCCAUGUCAGAACUUUGAGCGAAGACUGGUGACAGGGAGCGGCCGCCCCCGCCUGCCUCCCCAACAGGGCUUCAGGAUGCUGAGCCUGAAGCUCCCCAGGCUGUUCAGCAUAGACCAGAUGCCCCAGGUGUUCCAUGAGCAGGGCAUCCUGUUUGGCUACCGACACCCACAGAGUUCCGCCACUGCCUGUAUCCUCAGCCUCUUCCAAAUGACCAAUGAGACCCUCAACAUCUGGACUCACUUGCUGCCCUUCUGGUUCUUCAUGUGGAGGUUUGUGACUGCACUGCUUGUGAUAGAUGUCCAGAAUGACAGCUACUCCUGGCCUCUGCUUGUGUACAUGAGCACCAGCUGCGUGUACCCCCUUGUGUCCAGCUGUGCACACACCUUCAGCUCCAUGUCCAAGAAUGCCCGACACAUCUGCUACUUCCUGGACUAUGGCGCUGUCAACCUCUUCAGCCUGGGCUCAGCCAUUGCCUACGGUGCAUAUUCGUUCCCUGACUCCCUGGUGUGCACCGCCUUCCGUGACUACUACCUGACGCUGGCUGUGCUGAACACCAUCGUCAGCACGGGCCUCUCCUGCUACUCCAGGUUUCUGGAACUCCAGCAGCCCAGGCUCUGUAAGAUACUCCGUGUCCUCGCAUUUGCUUAUCCCUACACCUGGGACUCGCUCCCCAUCUUCUACAGGCUAUUCGUGUUCCCAGGGGAGAGCGCACAGAAUGAAGCCACCUUGUACCACCAGAAGCACGUGGCCAUGACUCUCCUGGCCUCUUUCUUUUACUCUGCACACCUGCCAGAGCGCCUGGCCCCUGGAUGCUUCGACUACAUCGGUCACAGUCACCAGCUGUUCCAUGUGUGUGUGAUCCUGGCUACGCACAUGCAGAUGGAAGCCAUACUUCUGGACAAGACCCUGAGGAAGGAAUGGCUCCUGGCCAGCUCUGGGGCCCUGUCUUUUCCUCAGAUAGCCGGAGCCUUACUUCUGUGCCUCAUCUUCAGCCUCAGCAACAUAAUUUAUUUCUCAGCUGCUCUGUAUCGGAUGCCUGAGCCAGAACCACAUAAAAAGGAAAUGUGA